AUGGUGUUUGCGUGGUACCAGGCAAGGCUCGCAGCCCGGCCGCUCCUCACCCAGAGCAUCACGACAGCAGUGCUGUUCGCCACGGGGGAUAUCACGGCCCAGCAGCUGGUCGAAAAGAGGGGUCUCGAGAAGCAUGAUUUUGUCCGCACCGGCCGCAUGUUUGCCUAUGGCGGCAUGGGCAUCUUCGUUUAG